UCAUAUUUGAACCAUUACGUUAUUGUAAUUCAUUUGAUGCAAUGAUUAUUUGUCAAGUAUUUGGUUAUUUUUUAGCUGAAUUUUUUCCACCACAAGAUAUAUUAAAUAAAUGUAUUGGUGAAUUUUUAUCUAAACAACAGAAUCAUUAUAAAUAUUUGAUUGAAAUACUUUUUAUUAUUUAUAGUAAAUUACAAAUUGAUUGUCAACAUACAGAUGAUACUGGUGAAGAUUGGGUAAUAUUAUCAUUAUCAAGUUUUACACAAUUAGUACCAAUAUCACAUGCAUUAUGGGCAUUAACUUGUUUUUUAAUUUGUGCAUCACAUAAUCAUUGGAUACGAUCAUGUUAUUACUAUUUUCAAAAUCGAUUUGGUAAAUUUAAUGAACACGAUAAACGAGCUUUUUUCACCAUCUGUAAUAAUUUCUACAAUGAGAUCAAAUCGGAUGAUAAUAAAAUGUCGUUCAUAAAAACAUUCCAAAAAGCGGCAUGUGUACCGAAUUCACCAUAUUUUGAAGUUUUACAAUAUUUAUGGGAUGAUAUAAAUCUGUGAUUAAAUAAUCAAAUUUAAAGUAAAAUAGAAAAAAAAUAGGAAGAAGAAAAAAGUAAUCAAGAAGAAGAAGAAGAAGAAUCGUUAAUUUUCGUUCUUUCUCAUU